AUGCUUCUCUCAUUCAUAUUGAACUUUUCAAUAUUUUUCAUUUCUUCGGCACUCUCCUACGAUUUUUGCCAGUACAAUAAUUUAAGCAAGUGCUUCAAGUAUGAUACAAAUAUUUUCGUAUAUGAUUUAACCAAUCCACUGACUCCAGCUGGCAGUACCAACGAUGGGUCCCCUUCCUUUUUUGGCCCUUUUAAUUAUUGGAAAGACUCUAUUACAUUGAAACCUAAAGAGGUUGUCAUUCUUAGAGCAUAUUAUCGGGUUACUGGUGCUGCAUCACAUAUAAUUACUGUCGACACUGGCGGAAAGGCUUAUGUUUAUUUUGGCUCUGAAAAUGCAUUUGCCUGUGAUGAUCUUCUUGAACAAACUCCUACUGCCUCAACUUCAGGACAAGGUAUUGGUGAAGCUUCCAUUGAUGGCGCCACAGGCCUGAGCACUUUCACAGCUCAGGUAGAGCCUGGCUUCUAUCCAGUUAUGUUCCAAUUUGUGAACACCGGGUCGGAGGCUACUUAUUUUUCAUAUAACAUCCUCCUUCCAAAUGGUUACUCUUAUUUGAAUAUGUUUCUCACUCCAAUUGAUGAUGAGCUGCAAUGUAAUGCUGCUUUGUCAUCUUCUUCAUUAUCUUCAACUUCAACUAUCAUUUCUAGUUCCAGUUCUACUACUACUACUACUACUACUACAGCAACUUCAAGCUCCAGCUCCAGCUCUAGUUCUGCUACUGAUACAGCAACUUCUAGUUCCAGCUCUGCUACUGAUACAGCAACUUCUAGUUCCAGCUCUGCUUCUGAUACAGCAACUUCUAGUUCCAGUUCUGCUUCCACUGCUACUAUAACUUCUAGUUCCGGCUCCAGCUCUAGUUCUGCUACUGAUACAGCAACUUCUAGUUCCAGUUCUGCUUCCACUGAUACAGCAACUUCUAGUUCCAGCUCUGCUUCUGAUACAGCAACUUCUAGUUCCAGCUCUGCUUCUGAUACAGCAACUUCUAGUUCCAGCUCUGCUUCCACUGAUACAGCAACUUCCAGUUCUGGCUCCAGCUCUAGUUCUGCUACUGAUACAGCAACUUCUAGUUCUAGUUCUGCUACUGAUACAGCAACUUCUAGUUCCAGUUCUGCUUCCACUGCUACUAUAACUUCCAGUUCCGGCUCCAGCUCUAGUUCUGCUACUGAUACAGCAACUUCUAGUUCCAGUUCUGCUUCCACUGCUACUAUAACUUCCAGUUCCGGCUCCAGCUCUAGUUCUGCUACUGAUACAGCAACUUCCAGUUCUGGCUCCAGCUCUAGUUCUGCUACUGAUACAGCAACUUCUAGUUCUAGUUCUGCUACUGAUACAGCAACUUCUAGUUCCAGUUCUGCUUCCACUGCUACUAUAACUUCCAGUUCCGGCUCCAGCUCUAGUUCUGCUACUGAUACAGCAACUUCUAGUUCCAGUUCUGCUUCCACUGCUACUAUAACUUCCAGUUCCGGCUCCAGCUCUAGUUCUGCUACUGAUACAGCAACUUCCAGUUCUGGCUCCAGCUCUAGUUCUGCUACUGAUACAGCAACUUCUAGUUCUAGUUCUGCUACUGAUACAGCAACUUCUAGUUCCAGUUCUGCUUCCACUGCUACUAUAACUUCCAGUUCCGGCUCCAGCUCUAGUUCUGCUACUGAUACAGCAACUUCUAGUUCCAGUUCUGCUUCCACUGCUACUAUAACUUCCAGUUCCGGCUCCAGCUCUAGUUCUGCUACUGAUACAGCAACUUCCAGUUUCACUUCUGACUUUAGUUCUGACUCCAGUUCUGCUUCCACUACCACACAAACUGCUACACAAACUUCUGGUUCUGACUCAGGUUCUGACUCAGGUUCUAGUUCUGACUCAGGUUCUGGUUCUGACUCAGGUUCUGGUUCAGGUUCUAGUUCUGGUUCUGGUUCUGGUUCUGGUUCUGGUUCUGGUUCUGACUCUGGUUCAGGUUCUAGUUCUGGUUCUGGUUCUGGUUCUAGUUCUGGUUCUGGUUCUGGUUCUGGUUCUGGUUCUGGUUCUGGUUCUGGCUCUGACUCAGGUUCUGGUUCUGGUUCUGGUUCUGGUUCUGACUCAGGUUCUGGCUCUGACUCAGGUUCUGGCUCUGGCUCUGGUUCUGACUCAGGUUCUGGCUCUGGUUCUGACUCAGGUUCUGGUUCUGGUUCUGACUCAGGUUCAGGUUCUAGUUCUGGCUCUGGUUCUGGCUCAGGUUCUGGCUCUGGCUCUGGCUCUGGUUCUGACUCAGGUUCUGGCUCUGGUUCUGACUCAGGUUCUGGUUCUGGUUCUGACUCAGGUUCAGGUUCUAGUUCUGGCUCUGGUUCUGGCUCAGGUUCUGGCUCUGGCUCUGGCUCUGGUUCUGACUCAGGUUCUAGAACCCCAACCUCCACAAGAAUUACUAUUUCUUCAACGACUUCUGGAUCUAUUAAUACUGAAACUACAAUUUGGGAAUCAACAGAACACUCCUCUACCAUUACUUCUUGGGAAGCUCUGAAUUCUCUAACUUCAAAUUAUCCGACUCCUUCAAUUGAUGGUCAAAGUAUAAAUGAUGGGCAAACUGUUUGGAAUUCGAGACUUUUGACCUUGAUCUCUUCAGCUUUCUUAUUCCAAUUUUUAAUGUGA